AUGUCCAGCAAGGCCAAAGGCGCCAAAGACAACACUACCACCGGCCGCUUUGAGCCUUUCAACGUCCAUUUGACCAAACACGCUGACGUGGCCACGGUCUUCGGCUUCCAAGGAUCCAUCCCCUUUGCUCUCGGAAGCCCUCAGGCAUACAUUUAUGCCGUUCGCAAAAUUCUCUCUGUCCAGGAUGACGAAGGAGUCGAUUAUGUACGCGUUUGGUACAAUCUUGACGACAGCGUCUCCCACGAGGAGUCCUGUAGCAUUGAUGCACUGCAUCUCGCCCAUUACAUUACGGGAACUGCACUGAAGAACGCCAACACUGCCAUUGACAUUCUCGCGUCCGCCCCUCACAAGUGA